AUGGCGACCGUGGAGAAUGGACACGCCUCGGACGGCAUUGUCAAGUCGGUGGAGCUUCGCUCCCGACCGAGAAAGACGAAUCCUUUCAGAUGGACAUUUGGUCUGGUAGUGCGACUUUGUAUAUGGUACGUUCUGCUCGCACCGAUUUUUAGAUGUCCUUCGCAUCUUUCGGAAUUGAAUGAAUCGUCACCGCGAGUAUGCAAACCAUACCUGGCUGUGCGAUCCCACAUUGAGCCUUAUGUUUUGCCAUACUAUGAUAGAUACGGUGCACCUUAUGUUGAAAUUGCUCGUCCAUAUGUACAAGUCGUGAACGAGCAUGUCUACACCCCGGCAGCGACAGUAGCGAGACGGGGAUAUGAUCAAUAUGGUGCUCCUGCUCUGGACCGGGCUCGAGCCUAUGGCCAGCAGCAGUGGGAGGCCCAGGUUAUCCCUCGUCUGCAGAAUGUGAAAGAAAGGGCAACAGGAUUGUACCACUCCACAGUCGAUCCAUAUGUGCAGCAUGCAAAGGAUAUCGUUUUUCCUUACUACAACAAAGUUAACGGCGCCGUCAUAACCGUGUGGGAUGGUUACGUUUUCCCCGUCUUUGCUCGAUCGAGGCCAUUUAUUGGGAAGACAUAUGCGUCUGGCCAGAAUGUACUGGCGACUACCGUGCUGCCAUACGCGCAAAGCACUUGGUCAUCCGUGAUCUAUUUUGCGAAUAGUGCUCUAUGGCCGAAACUCACUGGUUUAUACUCGGAAAAUGUUGAGCCUCAAUUAGUCAAGAUUGGACAGCGACUAGCCAGCUAUCGGGAAGGAAGACGACUGCGAAAAGUCAUGGAUGAGGCUGAUAGUUCUAUGGAUCAGCAGACGCAAUCUGCCGUCACAUCGGCUGAGAAGAGCCCGGACUUUGAAUCAGCCAUGACAACCACUGCAACUGUGGCCCCUGUGACCCACACCACACUGUCACCUGCCGAGCAGACCGCGCAAGCUCGCGAAAAGAUUGCUUCAGACCUUCAAACAUGGCAGACAAAGUUCGCCACUGCCGUGGAAAAGGGUUCUGAAGAUCUCGAAGAACGCGUGGAAGAGAUAGUGGAAAGCUACAUUAGAAGCGGUGUAAACAGUCAUGGCGAGAGUCUUAUAACAGCUCUAGAAACUGUCGUGCAGGAUGAGAUCUCGUCUGUCAAGCUCCGUAUUAACGAAUUGGCCGAAUCACUCCCAAGCGAGGAGGCGCCCGAGCAGGAGGGAAAGGUCCAGGAUGAGCUUUUGAAGGAGAUCAGACGGGCUGCCAUUUCUGUCAGAGAUCGCGCACAUGCAGUUCGGGAAUGGCGGAACUCAUUCGACCAAGAGUUAAUCAGGCGUACUUCAGCAGCAGUCAACUCUACGCUCGAUGUUCUGGAUAGUGUGCGAGACCUGGGUCUCCAGGAAAUUGGUAUGCGAUGGGCAUGGAUGGAAGGCGUCACAUACAAGGAUUGGGCGAAGUACCAUGCCCUCAAAGCCCAAUUCGAAGACUGGAAACAUGACAUUUUCAAUGUCGGAAUGCAGCAUGUGAAAGUCGAGGAAGCUAAGGCAUUGGCCAAUGAUAUUCUAGGCCGUGGCAUGGAGGUCGCAGAAGACGCUGCAAAGGAGCUGGCCAGGCUCAAAGACGUUGGCAGAUGGAAGAUCGCGGCUCGCGAAGCAAGUGAUGAUUUUGAAACAAGAACUGGGGACCCUCCUCCACUACCAAAGCGCAGCAAGACUGACGAGGAGUCGAAAAGUGCCCAGGCUGACAAUGCUGAUACUGAAAACCAUCAAUCCAUCGAGAGCUCUGAGCAAGCUACAUCUGGCACAGUCCCGGAUCCUGAAGGCACAGCAGCUCACGGCAAAGGAGAUUCUGAAAAUGAUCUAGGUCUUGAUGAUGAUAUCCCAUUGACCCAGGACGAAUCACCUGUAUCACACGAUGAUAGUCUGCCAAAACACUCCAGAGCCAGUGAUGUAUCAUCUGCAGGAGACGGAGUCAGCCCCGCAUCGGUGCCAGAAGCAGACGCAAGCGAAAGCGUUGAGCCGGUCAAGAUGGCCUGGGGUGUUGCUGCGGCUGAGUCUGUGCCGAAACAAGAUGCCUCCGAGCAUCAUGGCUUUCCCGAGCAAUUGCAGGAGCUUGUCAGCCAGGCCGAUGACCAGUUCGCGCAAGUAACAAGUGCCGCCGGCCAAGCUUGGUCUGAUGGCAGCGUCGCGUCCUUGGCUCACCAGGCCGCUUCUAGCAUCACCUCAGUAGCAGCAGAGGUUACGCCACUUGCAUAUAUCUCGUCUGUGGCUUCCUCGAAGCUGAGCGAAGGCCUUAGCCUCGCCUCGGCCCAACUUGACAGAGUCCGAGCGACGGCAACUCCAACAACAGCUGUCGAGCAGAACCGUAUCCUCCUUGACGCACAACGACGUUACUACGAGGCUGUUGGUAUGGCACAUGACCAUUACUCUGCAUUCGUGUCCUCUGCCUCUCGAGCGGUGUAUGGUACCCCUACUCCGACAGGACACCUUGAACAAAUGGCUAGUAAAGCAUCCGAGAACUGGGAGAGUCUUGUUUCCACGGCUAGCGAACACUUUUAUGGCUCUCGAUCGCACUACACGCCCCCGGCACUGAGUGAUUUGGUUCCUCAAUACGAGGCCAUCGAACAAUUAGUAUCUGAGCUAAUAGUUGGCAAAGAACCUUCUUUUACGGAGAAAGCCCUAAGCAGAUUGCACGCCAUCUACGAGACCCCAUACCCAGCCUCCGCGCUUUCAGCGGCUUCGAGUUACGUCAUUGGCGACCAUACCGCUACCACUGCUGCUCCAUUUGGCUCGAUCACGAACGUUCCAUCGGUUGAGAACAUUCUGCAAAAUGCCAACGAACAGUUCCAGUCUGCGGUCAAUGCCGUGAGUGUUCAGUUGUAUGGUACCCCCAAGGGUCCCUUCGAAAAGGCCACAUCUUCAGCUAGCAGCGCUAUGUCAGCGGCCUCCGCCCACAUCAGCGAAGCCGUUUACGGAACUGAACCAGGAUACUUGGAAGCCGCUCAGGAAGCCCUUGAGCAUGCAUACGCAUCUGCCGAAUCCGCCAUUAGAAACGCAGUCCUUCAGUCAGCGAGUCCAACCGAAGCUGAACAAGGAGCUUUUGCCAGCGCCACAAGCAAGCUGGCGGAGGCUGUAGAAGGAGCACAGGGCCAGCUUGCAAACCUGGCUUCUAGUGCCAGCAGCCUCGCCUCGGCUGCGGUAGAGACAGCCACAUCAAAAGUGGUGGUCCUCACUAGCGGCGAUGAUACGCCUGUUAAGGACGAGUUAUAG